AUGCACGGUUCCGCCUCCCGCACACCCUCCGGCCGGGUCAUCCACACACCGCCACCACUGCCCCACAAAGUCACGGCCGCUGUCCCCACGGCCCAUGCACCUGGCCGGACUACAACUCCCGGCGUGACCCCGGGCUGCUGGGGGGUGGGGGUGGGCGACGCGGCGCCUUCUGGGAAUUGUAGUCCAGCGCCGCCGCGUCGCCUCCCGGAAGCGUCCGCCCGCGCGCCAGCGGGUGAGGUGGGUCUGGGUGGGGUUCCUCCCGGAUUGCCGGAGAGAAACUACGGGAAACCUCGAGGCGGCGAACGCCUGCGGUGGUCUAAGCGAGAUGUGUGGGACCGACACGCGCAGAUGGGGAGCGAGGGGCUGACCCCGAGCCGCGCGUGGACCGACAGACGGACAGACCGAGUGUGGAACUCUGUUCCAGUGCGGGACCGGCUGACUGACCAGUUGUAUGUGUACCCAGUUCCAAGGCUCCAGCCAUCCCAUAUCUCACUGGAGGUCUGCUGCCCAGUGGCCAUCCCCAAGAGCCUUGUGAGCCCGGUGCCCUGGGAACAGUAUGACUUUCUGCGAGUGAAGGUCGAGGAUGAGGAGGCCAGCUUCUCUCAGGUCCAGGAGUCUAACUUUGGCCACACCUCCCACCCUGAGGCUGCGCGUCUGUGCUUCCCUCUGAGGAGGCUUCCCCACCCACGUGAGGCCCUGGCCCGACGCCGGGAGCUGUGCCGCCUGUGGCUGCGGCCCGAGGCGCACUCCGAGGAGCAGAUGCUGGAGCUGCUGGUGCCGGAGCAGUUCCUGGGCGCGCUGCCCCCCGAGAUCCAGGCCUGGGUGCGGGCUCGGUGCCCCGAGAGUGGCAAGGAGGGUGUGGUGCUCGUGGAGGACCUGACUCAGACGCUGGACGAGAGAGGGUGGCUGGUGCUGGGAUCUGAGCUCUCAGAGGCGAGCUGUAAGCAGAGCAAUUCGGAUGAGUCAGAGCCGUUGGACAGGGCCACUGAAACCCUGGUAGGAGAGCUUUCCCCAGGACCCACCUUGGAUGCCUGCGAACCUGAGGGCAGCUCAGAGAGGCAGGCUGGACUCUCAGGGAAGAUGUGGACAAAGUCUGUCACCCAAGAGAUGGAUUUCAGGAAAACUUCAGGGCCUCACAAGGGCGCCCUCACAGACCAGCCCGGCUGUGAAGCUGGUGCUUUGGAGGACAGUCCCAACGUGUGGCCAGACUUCACCUCCCAAGAGAAGACUCCUUCCAGAGAGAAAGUGGAUCCACUGGAUGGUUAUGGCACAGAGCCUCCAGGCACGUACUUGGGGAGGAAGCCCUCCAAGUGUGGUGAGUUGAAGACGUUCCGGAGCCCCUUGGCCCUGGAGGCCCAGCAGAAGAGCCAUGCUCGGAAGAUGCCCCACACCUGCAGUGAGGGUGGGAAAGCCUUCAGCCGGAGUGCACACCUGGCCCAGCACCAGGUGGUCCACAUGGGGGCCAAGCCCCACGAAUGCAAGGAGUGCAGGAAGGCCUUCAGCUGGCUCACCCACCUGACCCAGCACCAGAGGAUCCACACCGGGGAGAAGUCCUAUGCGUACGAGGAGUGCGGCAAGGCCUUCAGCCAGAGCACCCACCUGACCCAGCACCUGCUCACCCGCACAGGGGAGAAGCCCUACAGGUGCUACGCCUGCGGCUGAGCCUUCAGCGACUGCUCGGCUCUGAUCCGGCACCUGAGGAUCCACUCUGAAGAGAAGCCCUGUCAGUGUCAGGUUUGUCCAAAGGCCUUUGCACAGAGCUCAUCCCUCAUCGAGCACCAGAGGUUCCACACGGGGGAGAAGCCCUACAAGUGCAGCGACUGUGGGAAGGCCUUCAGCCACAUCUCAGCCCUCGUGGUUCACCUGCGGAUCCACAUCACCGUCCUGCAGUGACCGAGGAAGGCUCCCCACAGUGGCUUAGCAUCGAAGAGAAACCUGAGUUCUGAAAGAGCUGGGAGGGGCAGGGUGGGUGACUGAUGAAUCCCCCCAAAUUACCAGAUGCUAAAGGGCAAACUCUGGGGCUGUCCGGGAACAACUCUUCAUUCUGGGACCCAGAUGGAGGCCCCUGAUGAACAUAAAGCUAUUCAGGUCAUCUGGCGAAGCUUCCAGAAGGCUCCUGCUGCCCUCCAUACCCCACUCAAGCCCAUCUCAGAGAGAGGACAGCUGAGCUGAGGAUGUGGAUUGGUCCUCGGAGCCAAGGCAGUCAGGGUCAAGUUGCUCUCAGGACUCAGUGGUCCCUGGAUGCUUGGGGUGGGGAGGCUCCAGCUUCACAUUCCCACAUGGCGUCUCUUCUUGCCUGUUCCUCUCCCGCGUAGCCCAGGAGGGACACCUGCCCACGCCCACCUCUGUGCCUUCACACAUGCUGUUUCCCUCCACCUGUUCAUGUCUGACUCCAAGGCCAGCUUGUGAGGCUGCCUUUUUCAGACCCUCAGCCUCUAUCACAUCUUCUGUGUCCUAAGGUUACGGCUGGCCGCUUGCCUGGCAUCCGUUUCUCCCUCCCUUCUCCUUCCACAUCCCGCCAGUCGUCAGCCCUGCUGGUUUUACCUACAACCACCUCUGCUCCAUCUCCUCCGCCUUUGUUACCUUCUGCAAGCCCACAUCACCUGUCACCUGGCUUCCAGCAGGGGCCUCCUUCCUGACCCCUUCCUGCUUUCAUCACACACACAUCACACACCACACACAUCCCAGACCACACAUGUACACACCCCAUGUACAUACACACACCACACACAUCCCAGACCACACACACACACACACACCACACACAUCCCAGACCACACACAUCCCAGACCACACAUCUACACACACCACGUACAUACACACACCACACACACACACCACACACAUCCCAGACCACACACAUACACACACCACACACAUCCCAGACCACACACAUACACACCACACACAUCCCAGACCACACACAUAUACACACCACACACAUCCCAGACCACACAUAUCACAGACCACACACAUCGCAGACCACACAUCUACACACACCACGUACAUACACACACCACACACAUCCCAGACCACACACACACACACACACCACACACAUCCCAGACCACACACAUCACAAACCACACAUCUACACACACCACGUACAUACACACACCACACACAUAAUACACACACCACACACAUACCACACACCACACACAUACACCCACACCCACACACCACAUACACACACCACACACAUACAGACUCCACACACAUACCACAUACCACACACAUACCACAUACCACACACAUCCCAGACCACACACAUACACACACCACACACAUCCCAGACCACACACACACACACACCACACACACUCACCACACACACAUCACACACAUCACAGACAUACACACCACACACACACACACACACACACACACCCCAUUGUUUUCUUUUCCACACCAGCCUCCAGCAGGCUCUUUCCACAGCCCAAAUCCGAUUGUAUCUCUCCAUGUGGGAAGCUUUCCACUGCAUCACCUUCUACAGCAAAGCUUCCUGAAUGGGUUACAAGUUUGCCAAGAUAUAAGUUGCUUUGGGUGCCAAGCCGUCUCUCCAGUUACCUUCCUAUGUGUGUAGGAAUACUGUCAUUUUUCUGUGUGUGCAGUGAAGAUGGUUUCCAAGUACUGCCCUGCGGGAUAAACCUCAGAUCCGUCACCUGCUGUUCACGGUCAUCCGUGACUGGCCCCCAGCCUUUGUCUCCCGUGGCCACACCUCCCACGCACCAGCCACACGGAACAACGUGCGGUUCCUGAAGAAGCCACCCUUUUUCCCGCGAACGUGCCUUUGUGCCUGUGCCUGGAACCCGCCUCUCUCCUUCCCUCCAAGAGGUUUCCAGUGUCCCUCCCCAGCCACCUCAGACAGCCUUCAGCUCGCCCCCUGUGCUUCCAGAGCGCCUCCCCCUUGCUCCUCUUAAGCCUCCUGUCAUAUUAUAUGUACUCCUUACAGAGCUUGGAAAC